AUGGGUUACGCCCUCUCUGGAUGUCCAACGUUGGUGUUGAUGCUUCUGAAGAUAAAGUUAGAAGAAUUGUGGAUCAUCAAUAAGAAAUGUCUUUUGCAAAGUCGAUUUGUCUUCGGACGUUGCACUCGUCUAAUACUACCGAUAGAUGGCCUUUUAAUCUCCACUCUUUUGCAGAAACGAUCAUCUCCACCAUCACCUUGGAUGCCGGCAUGUCCUACUGUACGCAGGAGAGGUCUCUUUGUCCGCGACGGGUGCACCAGCCUUAACCUUAUGUCCAAACGCAUUGACUGCCUCGCUCCACACCUGAUAUCUGCAGCAUUCGAGGGAGCAGAGAGGUGGAUAGCGUGGGUGGAUGUGCCGACUGAUGCGGGGAUUGGUGAUUGA